UCCUCUCACCAUGGCAUUCCUAUACAAUUUUUUUUUUCCUUUUUGAUUAUGUAUUUUUUAUUUUCUCUUUGGCAUAUUCCACCAAUCCUGGUGCUGAUUGAGGGUUUGAUCCGAGGAAUUCAGUGAUACAUUGAACAGUUAUGGAGACACUGUCCUUGUACACUAGUAACAUGAAGAAGGUAACAAUGUCUAAGUCACCAUACACAAGCUGUGACAAAUGCACCGUGUCACUCCAACCCUUGAGGUUUAGUGAGUGAAGUUAUUAUUAACAAAGACUCCAUAAGGUUACAACACCACACUAGUAAUAUACUGUAUAUUGAAGCUGUGAGUUCUUCCGGAUGCAAUGGAUUUUCUCAGAGAUGUUCUUGUUGUGUGGCUUCUUGCUCAGUCAAUGUUCUGCACAGGACAAGAAGAAGAUAAUUUCGUCUUUGUGAUUCUGAACCAAGAGUCGUCUUUGCAUUACAAUGCUGCUCAACAGUUGGCCUCCAACAUUAGUUUACAGUCCAAGCAGCUUGGUGUACCGUGCGUAGUCCAUGUAUCGUCAGAAGACUGGCCCACCCUGGCUACCUGGACAUAUUUUCCUCUCCUGGAGAGGCUGAGUGACCAGCAUGGUAGUAAUAGCUCAUGGGUGGUGCUGUUGGAGGAAUGGACCACAGUCAGGUUGGAGAAACUCCUAGGCAUCCUCCAGCAUUAUUCUCCCACCCUACCUCUGUUUAUUGGGCGAGCAGUGAAAGACCGAGAGGAGACCAUAAUUCACCAUUUUGCACGUGUGGACCAUGAUCAUCCCUUCCUCUACCCAGACUCACGAGCAGGAAUGGUCCUAUCUGUACCACUGCUUAACAGGCUUGCUCAAAGAUGGUCCAACACUUCCAUGCAGAUUAGCUCAGACUUCACAAUAGAUGCCCAGUAUGAGUUUGCAAAAUUUGUCCAGUCAUGUGAAACUGAGCUGAGCCACCAUGAAGGUUUUUGUAUGCAAGAAAAGCCAGGAUGUGCUGUGGUGUUUAACCCAACCAGAAAGUGUGAAGAAGUGGUACAAGCACAUGAUAUUCAUUUUGCUGUGAAGAGUUGCACACAAUUUCAUGCAGAGCGUCUGCCCAUUAUUCAAGCCACCUGGUUGAAGGAUGCCACCAACUAUGCCAUCUAUAGUGAUGUUGAAGAUGCAGCUUUUGGGACAGUGUCACUGGGGAUCCCAAACACUGAGAGAGGUCACUGUGGCAAAACUAUGGCUAUCAUCCGUCGGGUGGCACAACUUACCUCUGUCCAGUGGCUGGCUGUGGUAGAUGAUGACACCCUUAUCAGUGUUUCUCGUCUUCGUACUCUGUUGUCAUGUUAUAAUUCAAAAGACCUCGUAGCUUUAGGCGAGAAAUACGGUUAUGGGGCAACAACCGCGCGAGGAUACAGCUACAUUACAGGCGGAGGAGGCAUGAUCUUCAGCAAAACUUUGGUGGAGCAGCUUGCAAAGCCUGGCAUGUGUGAAUGUCCCAGCAAUGACAUUCCAGAUGACAUGUUCCUUGGAAUGUGUCUCAAGCAUGCCUCGGUUCCUAUCAUCCAUUCUUCAUUAUUCCAUCAGGGUCGGCCUGUGGAUUAUCCAGAGGAGCUGCUGGAAGGAGAGUUGCCUGUAUCAUUUCACAGAUAUUGGAUGCUGGAGCCAAUGCAAGCGUUUGCUCGUUGGCUUGACGACAAUUCACCUGCUGGGGAUUCCUCUUCAGAUAUUCACAGUGAACUGUAGGUGUUUCUCUAAGAUGCCCUACCCAUUAAGCAUUCAUCUAGAUACAGCACUUAUUUUAGGUUAUCAGUAAACGUGUUGAAAGCUGGUAGUAAAAUAGAUUAAGAUAUUGCCUGCACAAAGAAGAAGUGUCAGUCAUUAGUACAGUAUAUUUAAUAAUAAAUUAGCACCUUGAUUAACUUGUGUUGCUGUUAUUUCAUUAAUGGGGGAUGAGUGCUAAACCCAUAGGGAUCAUGCAGCACCUGGAAGACUGGGAGGUAAUCAGGUUUGAGCCCCCAAAAAAAGAUUAGUCCAUUUCAUUGGAUCAAAUCCCCUCAGUGGCAUCAAGGCACCUCCAAUAAGGGAUUUGUUUAACAGCUGAUAUUCUCGCCACGUUUAAUAUUGCAGUACCAGUUCCUAUCAAAGGAGGUUCUUUGAUGCUAGUGAAUGGACUCUUCAUACAAGGAAUUGGACUUUCCUCCCCCUUGGAUUUAACCUGAACACCUCCCAUUUUUGCAGGCAGUGUGACCCCUGUGGGUUUAACACUCCCCUAUGAAAGUAAUAACAUAGUACUAGUUAUAGUGGUAUACUAUACUUUGUUUUUAUACUUUUCAUUAAUGAGUUCAUCACCUCCCCAUGGUAUAAUCAUGACCCUUCAUGGGAGGUUCCUUGAUGCUGGUGAGGGACUUGAUUGGACCUGGGCUCCAAUUCCUUGACUAGUGUGAAUACAUUUCCCUAGGCACUGUCCCCUGUGGGUUUAGUGUUUCACCCAUAAAUGAAAUGUAAUAUGUAAUCAUGCAGAAAUGCUAAACCUGCAAUAGUUAUACAGUACCUGGGGAAUGGAAGGUAGUCAGAUUUGAUCCAAGGAAAGAAAGGGUAUCUCUUGAUCUAAGGAAUCAGUGUCAUGACAGUAUUAAAUUAACACUCAUUAAAAAGUUAAUGUAAGAAAGUGUUUAAAGUACUGAAUAACCAGAUGGUUUUAGUUCUUUGCAAAUAAAACACACACACUUCAAGUGGAGUUCCUAGAUUCUGGUGAAGGGUUCUUGAUCUAAGGAACUAAGCUAUUCUUUUCCUUGGAUCAAAGCCCAUUUGCCUCAAGAGAAGCACUGUAUGCUUCCUAUGAGCUUAAUGUUCUCAAUUAGUAAAGCAAGGCUAGCACAGUUAUUCAUCAUGCUAGCCACAAAUGUCAAUAUAUAGAUUUUAGGUGUUGCUUGAAAAUAAUUGUUUUAUUAUUUUAAUGUAAAUUCUAAAAUAUAUAACAAUAUAUCUAUAAAUAUAUACAGUAAAUAACUGGCAAAACAAUUAUGCUAUAAAUAAUUUUAAUAAACAUCAUAAUAAUACAACAGCAACAUUUAUAGGAAUAGAGGAAUGAUAAGUAGCUGUAGUCUAUCAGCACAACUCUCAGUAUUAUGGACACAACACCAUCAAUGUGUUUUUGGCUGUGCUUAUUAAAAAAUAAAUGCUAUUACAACAAUGACUAUAGCCUCCAACAUCCUGGCCUGGUGCAUUAUAGGAUAUUGUGUAAAUUUUUACAAAUUAGGUGUUGGCCAUUACCCAAUAUUUUUUACAAACUAGAGUAUAUUACCCCUAAUUAAUGAACAUUGAUAAGGCUUGUCACAAGCCUAUGUAUACUGUAUUACAAAUAAAGUGACUUGUAUACACCAGAA